UAAUAUACCAAAUAUGUCUUCGCUACGAUGGGGAUUGACUUAUGUUAAUUUGAUGGGGCUAUAACAUCCGGGUGCCCCGGAUCCUUUCUGCUUUGUCCAUGAACGCAUGUGUAUGAUACACCCUUCCUAUGUGAUGGAGGCGCAUGAGUCGCCUCCUUGUGAGCUUUUUUUCCCCUGGUCUGUUUUCCCGGCGUUGUUUCCAACUCUCUCCUCCCUACUCUGUAUAUUACCUCAUGGCUGGUGUCUUGUUCCUUUUCUUUCAUGAAAUAUGGUGUUCUCAUGUUGGGAUUGGCAUGGGCACGGAUGUGGAUGACGGUUGCAUGGCAUUGAUCAUGUUGUUUUUCCCUUGCAUCACUCUGAUGGCCUGGAUGGCGAUGCAGAGCUUUUGAUCUAGACGACUAAUAUAAAGUCCUUUGAUCAAUGAAAUAAACAUACUAUUCGUGUUUGUCAAUAAGUGAUGAGCGUUACAUAUAGGAUGUAUAUGUGCAGAC